AUGACAAAAUGUGUUACACAUGAUAAAAAACUUGAUAUAUUAUGUUCAGAUUGUAAUUUAGUAAUAUGUUAUCGUUGUCUCACGUCAAACUAUAUUCAACAUCGUAUACUUCACACAGAUGACAUUAAACAAUUACUUUUGGAUAGAUUACUCUGCUGUUUCAAACAAUAUUUAAUAAAUCAACAAAUCAACAAUGAAAUCAUUGCAUAUUUAAAUAAUAACAAUGAAAUCAACAAGAAUAAUGAUAACAUUAAAACCAAUAACAGUAAUGUUCAUUCUAUUUUACAAAUCAUUCGCAAUCAUUUCGAAAAAUACAAGAUCGAUAUCAAUCAAAUCGGGAAUAUGAAUUAUCGACCUCUAACUUUCGCCGAUGAAGAGCCAUUCUACCUCUACUUCUAUGGUAAGGAGAGAGUCAAAAACAUCAAUGGUAAAACAGUUCGUGGAAAUAAUAUGAUAUUAAGAUACAAUGUUACAAAAGGUUGA